AUGGCGGAUCCUGCAGCCAAAUUCGCAGAGGCCGUGUCCGCAUUCACAAAGUCUGUAAACCUCACAUUCGCCGAGGUGCAGAAACACGCACGCGCCGAAGCCCUACGGCCGAUCCAGCUCGUCAAAGAUGAACGCGAUGAACAAGUGAGGAUAGCAUCGACAAGCCAGGCCGAACUGGCAUCUUGCAAAGGACUGCUACAACAAGCUGAACUCACGGUAGCCCGCCAGGCCGAAACAAUAGCGCAACUACGACGCGAGGUCGCCCAGUGGAAGGACCAGGCCCAGAAUUGGCAGGAGCACUUCCUUCGCGUCGAGGAGCAGCGGUGCGCGCUGUCUACGAGGUUGGAUGAGUGGCUCGUUGGCCAGCAAUCCAUGAUCGCUAGCAUGUCUCAGCGCCCGCCUCUCGAAGACCCUUCCUCGUCCCGGUCUCAUGAUAUCGAUGCCCUCCCUACACCGCGCUCGAUAAAAACAAAGACGCCAAACCCCCAGCGUCGAGAUCCCAGCUCCCCCCAUUACCCCGCCGAAGCCUCCGCCUCUACUUCCACCCGAGCUCUAAAAGCGUCGAAGACUCCUCACAAACCGAUACCCCAGCCCUCCACUGCCGGGCCUUCAUCACCUUCAGCGACACUCAUAAGGCGCGUUCAUGCAGUGAUAAAUGUCCCAAUAAAGGAUGAGCCUGCAUCCGAUGAAGAGACACCCGCCAUCACACAUUCAAUAACGACAUCCUCCAGCCACCGGCCGAAGAGACGGAUAGUACGCGAUGAUGACUCGGACAACGUAUCUGAACCGGAGCGUAGUAGGGCUGAUGAUAACACAACCACCGGUGGGGACGAGGAGGAUGACGAACUCAUGCUGGGUGCCGUCAAGAUCCCAGCUCCUAGACGGACAGCCGCUCGACGAGCAGCCAACGCGCCGGCCCAACAAACACAACACGAACCCCCGCCCCAGCCCACCACAACUACAUCCAGAAAGCGGAAGCCAGCUGAAACCUCCCGCUCUGCCAAAAAGGUGCGCAAGGUCCCGGCACACUAA